CUAGUUAUUCUAGUUCUCUCUUCUCUUCUCUUCUCUUCUUUGUCUCUCUCCUUCGACAGUUUCUGCGUUUGAUUCUUUGUUUCUGUUGAUAGACAAUUCAAAGAAAGAAAGAAAGAAAGAUAGAGAGUUAUUGAAUCCAGAAAAGGUGAAAUAGUAUUAUUUGUGAUUGAAAAAUAGUAAUAAUAAAAUAAUUAUUUCGUUAAUUAAUAAUUGAUAAAAAAAAUGGGCUGUUUUCGCUGCACUGGAAAAUCAAGUAAACGAUCAGACAGCAACAGCAAUAAUAAACACAAUGAACAAACAAGGCCCACUUCAGGAUCUUUGAAAGUAAAGCCUUAUUCAAAUGCACAGAAAGAGGAGGAUUCGAAGGAUGAUCAGUUAUCUAUAGAUGUAAAGAAUUUAAAUUUGACAGAUGAGGUUUCUAAGGAUGCAAGAAACAAUGCCAAGCGGGCCCAAACAUUUACCUUUGAGGAACUUGCAGCUGCAACUGGCAAUUUUAGGUUAGAUUGUUUCUUGGGUGAAGGGGGCUUCGGCAAAGUUUACAAGGGUUAUUUGGAGAAAAUCAACCAGGUUGUUGCUAUUAAGCAACUUGAUCCAAAUGGCCUUCAAGGCACUAGGGAGUUUGUAAUUGAAGUAUUAACUUUAAGUCUAGCAGAUCAUCCCAAUCUUGUGAAGUUGAUUGGAUUUUGUGCAGAGGGAGACCAGAGGCUAUUGGUGUAUGAAUACAUGCCAUUAGGAUCUUUGGAACACCAUUUGCAUGAUCUUCCAUCUAAUAGGCAACCACUUGAUUGGAACAAUAGAAUGAAAAUAGCUGCUGGCGCAGCAAAAGGUUUAGAAUACUUGCAUGAAAAGAUGAAACCGCCUGUUAUAUAUCGUGAUCUGAAAUGCUCCAACAUUUUGCUUGGCGAGGGCUACCAUCCAAAGCUAUCUGAUUUUGGCUUGGCCAAAGUGGGACCUAGUGGGGACAAAACUCAUGUUUCCACCAGGGUUAUGGGCACAUAUGGGUAUUGCGCGCCAGACUAUGCAAUGACAGGGCAGCUUACUUUUAAAUCGGAUGUUUAUAGCUUUGGAGUGGUUCUAUUGGAGCUUAUCACAGGCAGGAAAGCAAUUGAUCAAACAAGGGACAAAAAUGAGCAGAAUCUAGUUGGUUGGGCCCGACCUUUGUUUAAAGACAGGAAGAACUUUCCAAGCAUGGUUGAUCCUUCACUUGAAGGUCAUUAUCCUGUAAGAGGGUUAUACCAAGCUCUUGCCAUUGCUGCGAUGUGUGUUCAGGAGCAGCCUAAUAUGCGGCCUGCUGUAUCAGAUGUGGUUAUGGCUCUGAAUUAUUUGGCUUCUCAAAUAUAUGACCCCCAAAUCCAUCCUGUCCAUGGCUCGCGUAAAAACCCAUCUUGUCCUGGAUUGAGGAAAGAUAAUGAUAUAAUAGAACAAACUGCAAGUGGUGCGCCUCUCAUCUCUAUGGGGAAGGAGUAAUUAAACAUUCUUAUCCCUUUCUGUAGUGUUUAUAUUCAGGGUGCCUGGUAUCAAUUUUUGUACGGUGGAGAUAGCAGGCAAUAGUUCCAUCCUCGGACUAAUUCUCAUACAGGAAAUUUCUGCCCCUUCUCUUUUCCUCUGGUGUACAUGUGAGCUGAGAUUCUUGUAUGUAAGAUACCCCUUUGUAGGAACCAUUUUCUUUGUUCAAUAGAUUAGCAUAUACAUAUAUUAGUAAAGAUAACAUUUUCCCA